AUGGCCACUCCAAGAACCACCGGCGCCGGCACGGCCAUCCUGCCGCUGUGCCGCCUCCUGGUGCUCGCCGCCAUUGCCGCCUACCUAGCCGACACAAUGUUCACUCACUUGGCCUGCUGGUUUGUGACUCUGCACACUAUCAGGCAGCAGCCGUGUGUGGCGCAGAGUACAGCAAGUCUACACAAGUCUCUGAACUGGGAUGGUCUAUAA